AUGUCGUUUCCGGGGGGAGACGAAAGCUCUAGACAGGAAUGCUGUGGUGCAGGGAUGAAGGAGAUCCUGAAGGGUCUGGACGGGCGGAUGAAGUCCGGAGAACUGACGGCCGUCAUGGGACCGAGCGGAUCGGGGAAGAGCAGCCUCAUGAACAUUCUCGCCGGAUAUAGACAGAAGGACGUGACUGGAAAGGUAGAAGUGAAUGGACGAGAAAGAAACCUUCACAUGUUUCGCCACCAGAGCUGCUACAUCCCUCAGGAGGACCAAGUGAUUCCUACGCUUACAGUAAUGGAAUCAAUGCUCUUUGCCGCUGGCCUAAAACUCCCGAGCUCCUUGUCUUUCAAAGACAAAUACUCUUCUGUCGUGGAGAUCCUGCAGCAUUUAGGGAUGCAGGACUGUGCGAGGACAAGGGCAUCGUUUCUGUCGGGUGGACAGAGGAAGCGACUUUGCAUCGCCCUCGAGCUUCUUGCCGAUCCCCCUAUCCUCUUCCUCGACGAACCCACCAGUGGACUAGACAGCUCUACUUGUCUGCAAUGCGUGACCCUGCUGAAAAUGUUGGCACGCGAGGGACGAACCGUGAUCUGCACAGUCCACCACCCGAGCGUGAAGAUCCUGGAGAUGUUCGAUCAUCUGAUUCUCCUCGCCGAUGGCCGCUGUCUUUACAACGGCACCAUCUCCUCGCUGGUGCCUUACUUUCGCCAGUUCGACCUUCAUUGCCCUCCGUAUCACAAUCCAGCAGACUUUGUGGUAGAAGUGGCAGCAGGCCUCUACGGGAGAGAGGCCAUGACGGUCCUAUCCGAUGCAGCCAAAGCAGAUGCUGCACUGCCCGUCGCGCUGGAGGAACCUGAUCCGCACGCUCCCUCGAACGCCGACAGUAAGUCUUCGAAUGACUCUCAUAGGCUAUGGGGAAGGGUGAAGAACAUGCUGGAGACGAGACCGGAGGUGGUCGGCGAUGUCACGACCGACUACCCCGUGUCGUUCGCGACCCAGGUGAAGUAUUUAUAUAUGCGAUGUCUCAAGACAACGAGCAGGGAUUUGUGGCUACUGCACGUUCGAGUUGCGACCCACGUCAUGGUCGGUCUCUUCAUGGGAAUCUUCUUCUACGGCAAGGGCGACGAUGCCUCGAGCAUGUACCAAAACGUCAGCUCGCUCUUCUUCACCAUCCUUUUCGUCUUCUUCGCCGCUAUGAUGCCUACCAUCGCGGCAGUGUUCGUGGGUGUAGCAGUCUUAGCACCGUUUCUCCUGUUCUCGGGGUUCUUCUUGAGCGUGAAGGCGUUACCGAAAUACAUGAGCUGGGUUUCCCACCUCUCCUUCCUCAAAUACUACUUCGAAGGGACGAUGGUGUGCAUCUACGGCUACAACCGAUCUGACCUCGUGUGCAAUCAGCCCUUUUGUCAGUUCAAGGAUCCUGACAAAUUCUUGAAGGAGUUGGACCUGCAGGACAACGUGUACUGGAUCGAUUUCUGGGUUCUCGUUCUUUACAACGUCGUUCUGCGUUUUGUGUCUUACUUUGUCCUUCGAUGGAAGCUUCAUCAUUCCCUGUGA